AAUGGCAAAUACGUUCUUGCCAAUGAUUAACACUAGAGGGCAGUAUGUCGCCACGCGGCAGAUCCUGAUACACGAAGUCGAGAUGAGUCGUCAGUCUCACGAGUGAACAUCUUUUAAAAACAAUGAAGGCAUUGAUAUUAGUUGGUGGUUAUGGCACAAGACUUAGGCCACUUACUCUUAGCAGGCCAAAGCCUUUGGUGGAAUUCUGUAACAAACCUAUGAUGAUGCAUCAGAUAGAAGCAUUGGUGGAGGCAGGGGUUACCCAUGUAAUUUUAGCAGUUAGUUAUAGGGCUGAAUUACUAGAGAAAGAAAUUAAGAAAGAAGAAGAAAAGUUAGGAAUUGAAAUUACGAUAUCACUUGAAACGGAGCCUCUUGGAACUGCGGGUCCUCUUGCUCUUGCCAGGACAUUAUUAACAACUGAUGACGAACCAUUUUUUGUUUUGAACAGUGACAUUAUAUGUGACUUCCCAUUUAAAGAAAUGGUGAGGUUUCACAAAAAUCAUGGAAAGGAAGGAACACUAGUAGUAACAAGGGUAGAAGAACCUUCUAAGUAUGGUGUAGUAGUUUAUGAUGAAACAGGAAAAAUUGAGAUGUUUGUUGAAAAACCUCCAGAAUUUGUUUCUAAUAAAAUAAAUGCUGGAAUGUACAUUUUAAGCACAUCAGUUUUAAAACGAAUACAGUUAAGACCCACUUCCAUUGAAAAAGAAGUAUUUCCGUACAUGGCACAAGAUGGAGAAUUAUAUGCAAUGGAAUUACAAGGAUUUUGGAUGGACGUCGGACAACCAAAGGACUUUUUAACAGGAAUGUGCUUUUAUUUAGCGGCACUAAAGCAGUGGAAUUCGGCAGCCUUAUAUCAAAAUGCCGGAGUCGUAGGAAAUGUCUUAGUGGAUCCCAGUGCUAAAAUUGGUAAAAGUUGUAGGAUAGGUCCAAAUGUUACAAUCGGUCCAGAUGUAAUCAUUGAAGAUGGUGUAUGUAUCAAGAGAUGUACAAUAUUAAAAGGAGCUCACAUUCGUUCCCAUUCCUGGUUAGAAUCCUGCAUUAUAGGCUGGAGAUGUGUUGUUGGGCAAUGGGUGAGGAUGGAAAAUACAUCUGUUCUUGGUGAAGACGUUAUUGUAAAGGACGAAAUUUAUGUGAAUGGAGGAAAGGUGCUACCACACAAGGCAAUAUCUGAAUCCGUAACAGAGCCACAAGUAAUUAUGUGAACUGUAAAUUACCAUGAUGUUCCCAUUUUUCAUCCAAACAUACUAUUAUGAAUUGUAAGGUGUAUGGAUUACACUGCCGAAUUUUUUGCUAAACACUUUAAUUGGAUUGCAAAAUCAGUCAUUAAUUUAAAAAACGCAGACUGAAAUGUUAAAGCAUUCUUAUCUUUUAUAAAUGCAUCUUUGUAAUUUUUCAUUAUUGAUUGGUUAAGCACUACAAUUAAAAACAAUGUAAAAUUUCUAGUGAAUUUUUUCUAUUUCUGAGUUAUUCAAUGACUUUAAUAUGUAGAAAGUAGUUUAUUUUUUUAUGAUUAUUAUUUGUUAACUUUUUGUUUUCUGGACUUGCAUUUAAAUAAUGUGCUUUGGGUGAGAAAAACAUCUACAGAAUUAUUCCAUAACAACUUACUAAUGAUUAAAUUAAUGAAUAUAAACACAGCAACAGAAGCUUUAGGCAUUAAAUUCUUAAUUAAUAUUACAUUUUGCAUUUUGAUCUAGAAAGAAAUGUUAACAUCUAAAACUUCAGCUUUAUGUUAAGAUCAAUGAAAAAAUAAGUCAUAAAAUCAUAAAUAAAAGUUAAUUGUUGUACAGAAUAUAAUUCAUAAAUCAGAUUUUCCUACUUAAAAGAUGAUGAUAGUAAAAUUUAUAAAAUUAAUAGGUAAGUACAAAGUAAAAUCUUUUUUAAUUUCUGUAAUUAUGUACUAUUUGUAUGAAAGUUUGAAUAAGCUGCUUUGUAUAAUAUAGAAAAUAUUUUUAAUAUAUUACCUACAACAAUUUUCUAAAAUAACUAACAAAUAAUUCAAAAGUUUGUCAUACAAAAUACAAGAAAUUACAGUGAAAUGCCAUUCUGUUUACAAACAACUGCAAUUAUAGUUUAUUUAAUAUUAAAUUUUCUUAUUUACUGUAUUUUUGAAAUAAGGAAAAUGGCAUGUAACAUAUAUUCAAUAUAUUCAUAUGUUAUCAGUGUUUUAUUCUUUCCCAAAAGAUAUUUAUUUUGUACUAACAAUGUGCCAUGUCAAUCAAAAAUUUCAUGUUUUAAUUUCAAUUUUUGAAUAUUCAGAGGAGAAUUAAACAUUUUUAAGAUUUUAAAUUAGUUUGUUUUCUUUAUUAUUUUUUGUAUAAUAUGAAUGCUUUGUAGAUAAGAAAUUACACCUCAUUGCAAAAUUUCCAGCAAAGAAAUUCAAUAUUCUAACGUUUUUCGCCACUAUUUCAUUGGCCCUCGUCAGGAACUGUAGAAUGGCUAAACCGUUCUAUAAAUAGAAUGCUGUUGUGUUAUAAUGUUUAAAAAUUUCAAAUACAUUUGAAUAAAUGCUGUGACAUAUUUUAUGUGAUGUAUAUUAUGAGUUUAGAUAGUAUUUCCAUGCAUUUGUUACAUGAAUGGCAGCUGUGUUGAUGCAGGCUCCAAUCCUGCACCCUGUAAUCUGUACCGCUUCUAAUGUUUUGCUGGUUGAAGACCCUGUGUAUUAGGGUAGCUUGGUCCCAACUGGGGGAAAUCCCCAGAUUGCUAGUGUAAUGUGCCAGAGCUGUAUUAAUAUUUCCUUUUUGUAUGUCAUAUUUCUUUGCUGGAAAUUUUGUAUUGAGAUGUAAUUUCUUAUCUCCAUAUACAGUCCCAGUUUUCUGGUACAGUUGGUGUUUAUUGUUCAUGAAUGCUUUGGUUUAUAAUUUAGUA